ACAGAGCGGAAGUGACUUGCUAGCGGAAGUCGAGGAGGGUGUGGGCACCACUGGCUGGUUUGAGGAGGUGGAGUAGCAGGAUUUGAAUUUGAGCGAACCCCCCCCCCCCACAGCAGCUGGACCUUCCUCUCAGGAAAUCGAUAUUUUAUCAGCAUGGAGAUUAAUCAUUUGUACUCAGGAGCAGCAGAACUGGGGACUGAUCAGCCAUCAAGCGUUUUAUAAACCAAUUAUACACACUCCUAUUCCAUUGCUCUCAUCCCCAUUUUACCUUCAGACUUAUCCUACCUAUGGCAUUCAGGAGGCAAGUAAAAAACUUUGUGAAAAAUUACUCAGAUGCUGAAAUAAAAGUCAGGGAAGCAACUUCUAAUGACCCUUGGGGUCCCUCCAGUUCUCUGAUGCUAGAUAUCAGUGACUUGACUUUCAACACGAUUUCUCUCUCAGAGAUUAUGAAUAUGCUAUGGCAGAGGCUCAGUGACCAUGGAAAAAACUGGCGCCAUGUGUAUAAAUCCCUCUCCCUAAUGGAUUAUCUCAUCAAGAAUGGAUCAAAGAAAGUUAUUCAGCAUUGCAGAGAGGGGUUCUUUAAUCUUCAAAUGCUAAAAGACUUUCAACACAUAGACGAAGCUGGAAAAGACCAAGGUUAUUAUAUCCGGGAAAAGUCUAAGCAAGUUAUAACAUUGCUGAUGGAUGAACAGUUGCUGUAUAAAGAGAGGGAAGUGGCAUGUCGGACUAGAUGGCGUACCUCCUACUCCAUGACAUUUUCUAAAAGACUACCUGAUACAGAAAAUGCUUCCAAGGCAAGAUUGAAACAAGAGCAGUACCAAGAACUUAAGUUGCCUGCAGAAACCAUGCUGUCCCAGGAAACUCUACUACCACUCGAAGGGAACGCUUGGAAAUCAACAGACGACCUGAUUCUAUUUUACGAUGAGGAUCCAAAGCCAUCCUUGCCAAUGAUACCUUCUUCUGUUAUCUCUCCAACUACAUGCUUGUCAGAUGGGGAAGUAGAAGUAUCCAUCCCCUGUGAUGCAGAUGCUAUGCCUACCUACUCAGAAAAAUGCCCCUCUCUGCAGAUAAAUGUGACUUUGGACAAGGAAUCAGAGAAUGCCAUUUCAAAUACUGUAAUAGAAAACCCUUUGCAAACACCGCAGGGAAAGCAAGAAACCAUAAAAAGUGUUGAAAUGUUGACAGUUUUACCAGCGUUUUGCUCAUCGAGUAAAGAAGAAUUUAUCAGCCCCAAUUUAAGGAUAUCAAAGUCAGAUUCUGCUUUCUAUAACCAGUCUUCUGUAGAGACACUCUGUGUCUCUCCCUCUUUCAAAACAGUUAACCCAGUAAAGGAGACUGUAAUCAGUAAGGACCUUCAGAAACCUACGCAAGCCAGCAUUGUUCAGAUGGAUAAUGAAGACCUCAAGACCUUAACCACAUGGGUUUCACCUACCUCUGAGGGAACAUCUUCCUUUUCUGCUACCUAUGUGUCACCUCCUGAUGCAGCCCCUCCAGAGAAGCCAGUUCUCCACUUAGCCCUGGAUCUGCCCAGACCUUUCCUCUGGGCUCUGCCACAUCCACAGUGGUCUUCUGCCUCCAUUAAGCAUAGAGACAAGACAGCCAGUGUCCACCUCCCCUUCACCCCUAGGAGCCUGGUGUCUUCUGAUGAAGAGGAAAAUGACAAUGCCAGCAUGCUGGAAAUUCUUCCAGCUAACUCUGAGUCUGCUAAAAAUAAGACAAGUCAUAUUUUCAGCAGCAAUUGGGUAGCUUUUCCCACCCAAAAUGUAGACAACAUUCCCUCCAUGUCCUGUUCUAGUUUGCAGCCAACCAAAGGGAACCUGCCUAGGGAACCUGAACCAAACAGUUCCAUUAAAGUUCUUCUUGGGGAGGUAAAAAGUGCGAUAGUUAGACUCCAUGAAGAUCUGAGCACAGUGAUAAAGGAGCUUAACGUCAUCAAUAGCCACCUGGUAAGCAUGAGUGGGAAUAGUCUGCAAGUCAGCAAAUCUAUGUAGGCUUCCCAGUCUGCUCAAAUCAAACAAUCUCAAUAACCAUUUUGAUAGAAUUCAUGUGAUUCCACUUCUGAAAACACUUAAGAAGUUAACAUUUUAUAGAUUCUCAUUGCUAUGGGAAAAGGGUGAUAGUGUAAUUUUCCUUGUCAGGCUUAUUAACAAGUAUCUUGCAGCCAGGCAUAGCGGUGCACACCUGUAAUCCCCAUACAAUGGGAGGCUGAGGCAGGAGGAUCACAAGUUCAAGGCCAGUCUGGAUGACUUAGACCCUGUCUCAGAAUUUGAAAACUAAAUAAAUAAAAGGGGCUGGAGAUGUAAUUCAAUGCAAAGGCCCUG